AAGAUGGUCGCGAGAGGGGAACAGGAGCCAUAAUGGCCAAAUUUCGUACUUCCUUGUGUUGCCGCCAUCAAAGAUGGUGAACACUGGCGAACACCAAGCGGGAGUAUUGUUGCGCGACAAACACGUUGAGGUCGUUCGCGGUGACAGAGUGUCGUCAGAAAAUUUCCACGGUUCAAUGUUCCUCGCUUUGCCCGAAUUGUCUCUCAUGUAUUUGUCCGGAUAAGUGCAAUUCAAUGUUCAAGUACCCAAUUUGUGAUUCGUUCAAUUCAUCAUCGACAUAUAACCGUUACAUGUGCGCGUUUAGAUCCUCUGUUUCGUCUAGUGGACGUACGUUUUAGUGGAAAAUAAUCGCACCACGAGUAUCAUGGCGGGUUUGUUACACAAGGAUGAGUACGAAUCAUCAAGCUUGACGAUGCAUACUGGAAGCAGUAGUAUAAGCUCAGACAGCGACAUGAAGUUGGAGCCAUCCAGUCCUACAGAGAAGUACACUUUCUCUCGUUGUGGCAGUACAGGCUCAGUCAACACACCGUCUUCCUCUGCUCAUAAUACAGAGGAUGAGGAUAGCGAUAAUAAAAACUCAACCAUAAGCUACAAGGAGCGUAGGAGGGAAGCUCACACUCAAGCUGAGCAGAAGAGGCGGGAUGCUAUUAAGAAGGGCUACGAUUCCCUGCAGGAUUUGUUGCCGUCUAACCAGCGUAAUGAUUCCUCAGGCUAUAAGAUCUCCAAGGCUACUGUACUUCAGAAGUCCAUCGAUUACAUACAGUAUAUGUUGCAACACAAGAAGAGGCAGGAGGAAAAACGGAAGUCACUGAGGAAGGACGUCGUUGGUCUGGGUAUCAUGUUGGCGAAUUACGAGCAAAUUGUUAAGGCGCAUCAAACGCAGCCGAGCCACGCGGAAAUGCGGAUCUCAGAUGAGAUGAAGUUUCAAGUGUUCCAGGCAAUAAUGGAACGACUCUUCCAUUCGUUUAACGACAUUUCUGUAGCCAAUUUCGGAGAAUUAUCCGCUUACGUGUUCAGCUGGUUGGAAGAGCACUGUAAACCGCAGACUCUACGCGAUGUAGUAAUUUCCGUGCUACAACAGCUCAACACCAGUCAAAUCAGCUAGUCGAUUGCAUCUGUGAACGAGAUACAAUAUGUCGCACAAUAUGUUACCCUAAAGGGUAUAUCAAAUCUAUAUACUUUCGUAAAGAAUAUAUGGCGUGUUCCAUAUAAAAAGAAGAAGCGAUGCCAAGAUUAUAAAUCAGAGCAUACGUUCGUUUUUCCUUUUUUUAUCUAUAAUUGUUAGCACAACUUCAGAGGGGGAGGACGCGAGAGAUAAAUCCGAGAUAAAGAUCCAAGAAUCCAAGUCGGAAAACUCGAAGUGAGAAACGUCGAUGAUUCUCUCGCUGUGUAUGUUCUGUGGUUUAGGUGGAAACGUAAGCUUUAGCGAGACAUUAUCGGGAUUAUAUCGUGUCGAGUGUGGAACAUAUGUGAUAGUUGUUUUAUCAUAAUGUUGGCAUCGUGCAUUGUUCGUUACGCAAACGCCGCUUGUGCGUCCUGUAAUAUCUAAUACAUACAGAACACUACCAUAGCUGCGAACUCUGGUCAGAUUGGAAUCGAGUUUUCUUCGGCGGAAUUUUGAUUGAUUGCCAAUCGCCUGUCGCAACUCUUUUUGCAUAAUUUCACUAUAAAUAUCUCUAUAAUAUUUCUCUGAAUUUAGAUAUCUUCCAAGUCACAGUUUCCCAUGGAAUUGAACGAGGAACAAAGUUUCCUAUGUCUAUUCGUACUUCUUGCAAUUCGCAACAAUUCCGAAAUUUCCAGACGCAACAUGUAAUGCAUUUUCGGCGGCGGUGGGUUGAGACACCCUGUGUACAGUCGGAUCUUUAUGAUCGACUCAGCAGAUAUUUAGAUCAAUCAUAGACGAAGUUACCAGAGAAGAGAUACAUGCACGUCGCGUGCGUUACGGGUAUGUAAUGACUGCAUGGGGAAUACAAAUGAAAGUUUAUUUUAUAUACAGCUGCGAAAAGUAAAGAGAAAGGAAGAGAGAUUAAAUACAUUGGUACUGCCAACGCGCGGCGUAGGGAUCUCCUCGGGUCGCCAUCGGCGACGCCGAUACCGAUGUUGAAUAUUUUUGUCAGAUCUUUUAUUACGCAUACGUCGCGUCAACAAACGACGGUGUACAGUGUGUAUGUAUAUGUGUAGAGAGAUGUAUCUGAUUAUGUACAUAACAGAUUUGUAUAACAUAUAUUUACAAUGAACAAAUGUGUACGAUUAA